AUGGAGCUGAAUGAAGCAGUCAUAGGAGGAGGAAGCGGAGUGUGCGCAGCCGCGGGCUCCUCCAAGGUACUCCUGGCUUACAAGAACGCGACACAGCAUCUUAACGCGCCGGGACUCAAGGUGUCCAGCAUCUCUAAAGCUGGUAUGGGGAUCCUAAAACUGGCCACGUCGCAGUGGAAGCACCAGGAGAAAAAAGCGAGAGCCCGUUCCUCCAGCGUAGGAAACAGGUACACGUCCUCCACCGAGCGCAGCCCAUGCAAGCGAUCCGCGUUGGACCAGAUAGCAGCACUGGUGGUAAAUGGGCAGUCGCGGUUACAGCAGCUGGCGCAGGAGCCGCGUCAGGACGCGUCGUGCUCCAGCAAACCACAAAACUGCCGGCGCAUCGUGGUGCUGGGAGCGCCAAAGGUCGGCAAGACGUCAAUCCUGCGGCGCUUCCUCCAAGACGGCUUUGACGAGCAGUACGAGCCAACGUCCGAAGACUUCCACCGAAAACUGUACAACAUCCGAGGGGAAACGUACCAGAUCGAUAUCCUUGAUGCUUCUGGGGAGAGAAGCUUUCCCGCAAAACGCAGGCUCUCCAUCUUAACCGGCAACAUCUUCCUGCUUGUGUUCAGCCUGGACGACCGCAACUCUUUCGAAGAAGUGCGCGCACUGCGCACAGAAAUCGUGGCAGCUAAAACAGCCCAGAUCAAGUCCAAAGAGCGCGCGCGGGUCCCCACCGUCGUCUGCGCCAACAAAGCAGACCUGUCCGAAAACGAGUGGGCCAUCUCCCGGGACGAGAUCCGGGAAGUGUGCGGGGACGACUGUGCAUUCUUCGAGACCUCCGCCAAAGACAACAUGAACCUCGAGCAGGUGUUCGAAGCACUGGCCCAGCGCGGCGGUCUGCCGCUGGAAACUGGACCCUCGCAGCACCGCAAAGUCUCCAUUCGCUCUUAUCAAGCGCUGCGAACUGGACGCCAGCCCGGGCGUGGAGGCAAGGCGGCCGGGUUUGAAACUCCGUGUGGGGCCCUUUACCCUUUGGCACGCAGGCCCAGCUUCAGCACCGACCUCCGCCUGGUCCUUGGACCUCAUGCAUCAGGGAAACAGAAUAAGUCACUUGACAAAUGUCGGAUUCAAUGACACAGUAAAAAAAAAAAGAGAGAGAGAGGGAGAACAAGGCAGAAAGAGAGAAAGAAGCGAGAAAGAGAGUUUGUUGGACUUCAUAAAACUACAUGUAUUCAGUUGUAGGUGAAGUAGCUGAAACAGGAGUAGUCUCCAUAUAUCUGUGUGGCUUGUUCUCACAAUCGCUGUGAUUUGACCGUUUGUUGCCUGUCACUGAUGUUGUGUGAUUAAUCAGUUUGGUAUCCAGACACAGACCACUUUGCAUUCAGGUGUUUGUGGAAUGAUGACAUUUUGAUUGUAAAAAUGUAAAUUAGAACGAAUUAUUGAGAUUUUAAAUAAACGAUUUUGAUA